AGGGGAGCAGAGAAUGAUGGACCUAACAAUCUGGAAUGGUGAGGUGGUGCCUGUCCUGUACUAUACCAGCUAAGGGACCAACAGGACCAAGUUGCUGAGACAACCUCAGGAGGCUUGCGGGUCCAGCCAGACAUGGUCAUUUUUCCCCCUUGGUAAAAUUCAAAGAGAAUCCAACUCUUCAGCACCAUAAGCCCUGACUUGCAAGGAUGCAGAAAUGCCUAUGUAGGGAACUGGCUCUGGAAAUGGAGGUCAGGUUCAAGGAGAACAGAGUGGGUCCUACAGAGAGAAGCUUAUGACAUCAUCACAACCAACCAUAGUCAAGGAGGGCUGAUUCUGUUUGCGAAACAUUUUGAGCCGAUCAUGAAACAUUAACCUGAAAGUGAUUUAUCAGGGGAUCCUGCAGAGGUAUGGAAACAGAAGCUUUGAAUGAUAAAUCGAGGUGCAGCCAUUAGCACUGGACCUGAGAAACCGAGUUUCACUGGGAGACACUCCCAGAGGAGCGUGGGGCCUCCCACCAGCAGCAGCUGCUCACCUCCUGCCCUUCCCCUGUGGAGGGAGCCCAGUCCUGCUUCCCUGCCAGUCUCUGAUCCUCCUGUGCCUCCAGAACUGACAGAUCUUCUUGGCAAAUCUGCCCCCCAAAGAUUCCUGCUACCGCUUGUCUAUUCCUGCCUUUUGUGAAGCAUGGCAGCCACGGGACUCCGGGAAGAAUCUUAAAUCCUGAACCUCCACAGCCGCUCUGGAGGGAACUCUGCGUGGCUCAUCCACAGUCCCUCUCGGCUCCGGGAGCUACUCACAUCCUAGCGAUGCCCUCAGGCGCCUUCACCCCAGCUGGAUGAGAUCAUUCCAGAGCUGGACCCAGCCUUGCCACCCACCAAGAUUUCCGCAGCGCCCCCCGCCACCUCCCAUGUCUGGCUCCCCCAGCAGACUCUAGAAUGUCCGUGCCCCAGAUCCAAGUAGAAGAAAUGGUAGGUGGGGAAGAAGAGCCUGGAGCCGCCCUGCCUCCCGAUGACCACCUCAGGAGCCUGAAGGCCCUCACAGAGAAACUGAGGCUGGAGACCCGAAGGCCCUCCUACUUGGAAUGGCAGGCCAGGCUAGAGGAGCAGACGUGGCCCUUCCCAAGGCCAGCUGCUGAGCAGGGGGAGUGUGGAGAGGAGGAGCCCUCGUCCCCCCAGAGAGAGCCCGGGCAGCAUGCCCCACGUAACAGGGGUGCCAGCCGGGCUGCUGGGCCGCAGCCCGCUGGGAAGCUGGAAGGCUUUGAAAGUAUCGACGAAGCGAUAGCCUGGCUCAGGAAGGAACUGAUGGAGAUGCGGCUGCAGGACCAGCAGCUGGCCAGACAGCUCAUGCGCCUGCGCAGUGACAUCAACAAGCUGAAGAUCGAGCAGACCUGUGACCUGCACAGGAGGAUGCUCAACGAUGCCACCUAUGAGCUGGAGGAACGGGACGAGCUGUCUGAUCUCUUCUGUGACUCCCCGCUCGCCUCCUCCUUCAGUCUCUCCACACCACUCAAGCUCAUUGGAGUCACCAAGAUGAACAUCAACUCCCGGAGGUUCUCUCUGUGCUGAGAAGCCCUAGAAGGGGGCAGAGGAGCUAGGAGAGAGUGUUCGGGAGGUGGGGAGGGGACACGGGAAAGGAGUUGAGGCUGAGUCACCCUGAGUGGGUCUCCCCAGAGAAAGGGCUUCCCUGUGACUGGUGAACCGUGGACCCCCAAACUCCUGGCAGGUGCUCUCUCAGGGGUCCCAGCUUGCUGUGGAACCCAACAACCCUUGACUGUCUGUGACCCCGGUGUUCAUCUCCAUCCAGAUGUUCAGUGAGACCUGGCUCCCAGGAUAAUAUGUCUCCAUCCUCCCCUCACUGACCUACAUUCUUGUCUCCCAGAAUCACUGGUGCUAUGAUCUGGGAUCCCAGAGGGGACCCCCAAAAGCUGUGAUUCUUGCCAAAAGCUUCACCAAGAGCACUGGGCAUCCAGGGAGGAGAUGAGUAGGUAUGUCAGAUGAGCCCAUCUCCUGUUGCCGUCUUCUAAGUACUGGCUCAAAUUCACCCUAAAUAGGUGACUCAGCAGCCCUGACAGGGACCCACCAGGAAGGGAAAACCAGAAGGAAUGAUGAAGUGGAGCUUGGGAACCCAGGCCCCACAGCUGCAGCCAGUGCCUCCGGUGAGUGGCUGGGCCAGGCUGCUGUCGGUCUUAGACCUCGGCCCUACCAGUGCCAUGUAACUUGUUUCUAGCGUGUGCCAGGACACGCCCGUGCAGCUUGAGGGGGGCAAGCACAGAUGCCCUCUGUUGCCUGCCCUGGCCACACACACCAAUCCCAGUCUCCAAAGAGCCCUGUUGCCACCACCCUGCUCCUCCAGGGGCGUGGCUAAAUGGACUAGGCAAGUCUGUCAGCAGAUUUCCCACAACCCGAAUUCUCCUGGUGGUGUCACCUCUAUGUCCUUCUUGCCCUCCCCAGAAAGACUGGAGGGACCUCAGAAGCUUGCCCUGAGCUUCCUCUGAGAUUCUGUGCCUGAUUUAAAUAACUAAUUUUAAUUGAAUCAGACUGUUACUAAUCUGUUGCUAACUUGUUAAUAACUGUUUGAUUUUUGUCCAAAUGGUGAUGCCAGUUGGGUAGGUCAGGUCCAGAAGUUACGGAUUUGACUUUAAAAGGUUCUCCCUAACAACAAGCAUGACGAUCAGGAAGGUGAGGACUAAGACCUCAACAGGGUAGGAAAGCGAACCUGGUAGAAUGCCACGUGGCACGUGUUCUCCCACCAGCGGGGUGGGGGGAGGGGAGGGUUGGCUUUUGACAUCAUCUGGUCACGCCUUCUUGUUCAUAAAGGAGUACAGUGAAGCCAGGAAAGGCAGAUGACUUCCCUUAGGUUACACAGCAAUUUAGCAGCUAUAGAAUAUAGACAGGUUUAAUCAUUAUUAAUAAUGCCUAGACAGAUCAUUUAUUAAUGAACUUGAACCCCAAAGAUGGUCCUAAUGCUUUGCCAAACCUGCAAACUGCCAACCCCUCUCCUCUCCACCUCCUUCAGCCCCCAUAUGUAGCUCUCACUUUGCCAUUCAGAAUAUUUGGGUCAAACUCAGAGCAAUGGCUGGAAAGUGGACCCACAGAACACAUAUUACCAAUCACAAUUCCAUAGUUGAAGUAAAGUGUUCUUUCAUGUUUCAUCUUCCUGUAUAGUCUCAUCAGGGCCCAUGCACACUUAUACACAUGAGCGUGCACACACACACACACACCCUGACCCACAUGAAGAAGGUUGUUUUUCUUUUGUGGACGGGCAGUGAGAGGAUGUAAAUGAAUGUUCCCUAAUUAGGAAAGAACAUGGUCACUUUCUUGUGAUUUCAAAGAGCCAGAGGAUUUAUACUUCCUUCGAAGAAGGUAUAUCAACAUAGCUAAGAUUUGUUUUCAGCCUGACUCUCUAAGCAGUGAGGGAAGUCUGAGGCCCAGAGGAUUGGUCCACAGAAAAGACCUCAGUGGAAUGCCUGGCCCUUUAGACCAGCUCCCCUCAGGCAGGAAAGGAGGGAGAUUUUCUCUACCCCACACUGUCUCUCCUCAGGGAUUAUGUACAAACACUGCCAAGCCCUCCAGAGGCAUUCCUUCCAGGCUUCUCUGAGAGGAGUCCUGGGGAUGGUGGGGUAGUGGGCUGGCCCACACCCCACUCACCACUCACUCUGGAAGGGCACACAGGUACACAUACUCGAACUACGCAGGAAAGCCCAUUCCAUAUUCAGCAAAUAAUGCCAAAUUGCUUUUUUCUUUCUAGAAAUCCAUCAUUACAGUAAUUGAAAAAAAUUGGACUCAACUAAAGCUGAGUGAUUUUGUUGAUUUUGUCAACCGAAUUGAAUUGGCGUCAACUGGGCAAUUUAGUUGUUCGGUUAACCUAAUGGUCCCUUCCUUGCUUUGUUCUCUGAGAGGAAACCGAGAUCAAGGCAUACUUUUUUGAAUAGGUCUCAGCUCUUUCGCUUAGUUCACCCCAAGAGAAUUUUAUUUUGGAAUAAGGACGGACAAGAAAGAGGAGGGGACCAGAGAGGAAGAGUGGAGGGGGAGAGACCAGGUACAUCUCCUUAUUCAUCAUCCAAUGUCUGUUAGUUCCCUUAUUUUCACAGGGAACACAAAUAACUCAACAAGUCAGUUCAGUUUUGUGAAAAGCCUGCCUUGUGGGGGGCCAAGAGAUGUCUGUGAAUCAGCUGCAGGCCCUGUGUCGCCAGCACCCUAGGACAAUGCUCUGGCUUACCGUGUGUAUACAAUACUGUUUGCAGUUUCAUUCAUUAUCUGCCCAUCUCUCUGUCGUCCCCGAGGACCCUGGGUGUAAAACGUGCGGUUUCCAUUGACACUACUGUGCACGGCACUGUGUGAUGCCUUCAUGGACUCAGCAGAGAUCACAGAGGCCUGGAGAGCCUGGGUAGGCUUGAGCUGGCCUGAUCCAGCCCCAGACCUCCUCCCUGUAGCAAUACCAAGUGCUAUUACAUAAUCAAUGGACAAUUUAUAAUCUUAUUUUUUAUGAUUAUUUGUUUCUAUAUUGCUGUUAGAAGAAGUGAAAUAAAAAUAUUUCAAAAGAGGAUACUA